UAACUAAUUGUGGCUCCUCAUUUCUCUCUCCCCCUUUAGUCGGUUGGAUUGACCGGUUUGACGGGUUUUAACUGUUCUUGACCCUUCCACCCGGUUUCUAAGCUUUUCCGAGUUUUCAUAUCGAACCAGACCGAGUUGGUAACCGGUUCGCGGUUUAAUCGGUAGCACCGGUCGUCCGUCCCGGUUCUUAAAAAAUGGGUUAAACCACCACAUUGAAUUGGACUUUUAUGGAGGGAAAAGCCCAGGCACCAAAACACCUGAAAACGACACCGUUCUGUUCAUCCUCGUGGAUAUCGCCUUCUCUCUCUCCUUUCUCUCUCUCCUCUCUCUCUCUCUCUCUCUCUCUCUCUCUCUCAUCGCUCUCUUUGUUUUCUUCCGACAUCUCUCUUCAUUUUUAUCGCCCAUUCUUCCCUACAAAAGCCCUCUGUAUCUUCUUCCCCCGGAUUCAGCUCUCAUUUUUCGUCCACACCUGAUUUCAUUUUCCCUUUUUCCUUUUUUGCAUUGAAUCAAUCAAUCGCCGAUGGCUUCUUUCAGUGUUCCAUGCCCGAAGGUUUCGCCAUUGUUGUCUGCUUCGUCACACUCCACCCAGAAAAGGAACCGCAUUGCUUCGUUUCCUACGUCUGAUUCCAGAUCGAAUUAUGCAUCAAUGGCGGUCGUUCAAUCCCAGGGUCUUGGCCGGAGCCAAUCGGAUGCCUUUAAGGUGCGCUCUCAGCUAAACGAGGUUGCUGUCGAAAAAGCAUCAAAUGCCAAACCAGCUCUCGAGAAAGUGCCGACCCUAGAAUCUGAACGAUACGAAGUUCCAGAUGCAGCGUCGAUUUCGACUUUUAUGGCCCAUGUGACAGAUCUAGUCAAGCUUGUAGAUUCGAGGGAUAUAGUUGAGUUGGAGUUAAAGCAAAUGGACUGUGAACUCCUUAUUAGAAAAAAAGAAGCACUGCCGCAGCCACCAGUUGCCGCUCCUGUUAUGUAUGCACCACCUCCUACAUACCAAGCUAUGCCACCGCCAUCACCACAAUUGCCGCCUCCUGCAAAUGCUCCUGCCCCUGCAUCCGUUUCUCCAUCUCCCGCUUCAGUGCCGCCAGCGACGCCAAAGUCGUCACAUCCCCCAUUCAAAUGUCCAAUGGCUGGAACCUUCUACCGUUCCCCUGCUCCUGGUGCACCGCCCUUUGUCAAGGUUGGAGAUAAGGUGCAAAAAGGACAGGUAAUAUGCAUUAUCGAGGCUAUGAAACUGAUGAAUGAGAUCGAGGCUGAUCAGUCAGGCACUGUUGCUGAGAUAGUUGCAGCUGAUGGUAAACCUGUGAGCGUCGAUACGCCUUUGUUUAUAAUUGAGCCAUGACGAACCGAUUUCGUCUCACCAUGAAGAGCAAUAGCUGAAGUUAUGAAGUAUGUGAUGUGUUAUAAGCUUUCUUGAGAAUUCCAGUAUGAGAUUUAGGACAAUGAUGUUUUCACAGCAAUACUAUUUGCGUCAUAGUAAUUGUAAACUUAUAAAUUUCAGAAUAUGACAUUGUUUUUCUGUUUAAUCACAACACUAAACUUCGAGAUAUAUAUCAUCUUUACAAAAGAGGGGUUCUAUUACAAGUC